GUCAGCUCUCAGCCCCACAGUAGGAGACGAGGAGAGGGCAGAGAGAGCAGCUGGUGUGGACGCAGGCCGGAUGGUUAAAUCCAACCUACAGACGAUUUUGAAUAGUCAUUGUUUUGUGAGAGAAAAAGAGAGAAACUUAACCGAGAUGCCUGUUAUUGAGCAAUCAAGUAAUAAAACUGAAAGCGGGAGUAUCUCCAGUCCUAGGAGGUGCUCCCACUGUUGCAGUAACCCGUGUCCGGGGCCUCUGUGGUGCUCCGAUGCCCCUCACCCACCCCUGAAGAUCCCAGGUGGGCGAGGGAAUGACCAGCGGGAUCGCAAUCUUUCAGCUAAGCUAUACUACUCUGAUGCUCAGUUGCUGGUUCUUGAGGAGCCUCCCCCUGCCAAUGGCAGAGUGCGCUUCUUGCUCUUUGAGCCUCGUCGCCCUGAAGGCAAGCACUGUGUCUGGAGGGCGGCACUGAAAGGGGGGAACCUUUACGUUGAAAUCCCUCCUGGAGCUUUGCCCGAGGGCAGCAAAGAUGGGUUAGCUCUCCUGCUGGAAUUUGCAGAGGAACAGCUGCAGGCUGAUCACGUGUUCAUUUGCUUUCACAAGAACCGUGAUGACAGAGCAUCUCUGUUGCGUACAUUCAGUUUCCUGGGCUUUGAGAUUGUGAGACCGGGUCAUCCCCUCGUCCCUUCCCGCCCUGAUGCUGUCUUCAUGGCUUACAGCAUCGAGCGAGACUCCUCCGAUGAUGAUUAAAAAAAGAAAAAACGCUGAGCAGUUUCAAAUGUUUGUUGUACUUAUUUUGAUUCCUACCCACACAUCUCUUUAGUUUUUCUUUGGAAAAUGAGUAUAAUGUUGAUGUUUCAGUAUGGUUGAGGUUUCCUGUCACAGUCUCUUCUUUUGUUUUUGUUUUACCUCCCAUGUGUCAUUGAUAUUUGCACUAGGGUAAGAUGUUAAUUUACAGGAAUGUAAAGCAAGCGCCCACAUAAUAUCAGGGCAUUGUGUCCUCACCACUGUAUUGCCCUUCAUUGUGUGUAGACCUCCUAUUAACCCAAUCAUCUCUACAGUGUAAUAUUUAUGAUAGAUUUAAAUUCAACAUACUCGUGUAAGUAGAUGUUUUCAGAGUAAUUUUUGGUUGAUUCUCAAGUUUGAUUUUUUUUGUGUGCAUGAUUUUCAUUGGUUUUAAUUCACUUGAGAAAAAAAUCUGCAUGUUUUAACUGUACUUAAUAAAAAGAGCUCACCUA